AUGUCCUUAACGUGGACCAAUGAGCCUCCCAAGGGAAGGGUUCCCUAUGCGAUUCCCCAACUGGAAGGCGAACGUAUCACCAUUCCCGGCAGCAAGGGCUCCUUUCGCAUCCUGGCUUCGUCGUUGCAGACCAAUGGCUUGAUGUCGGUCUUCCAGAGCGGUGCCGUCCUCUCCGAUGCUCCCGGAUUCCACUACCACAACCAUGCCCACGACGUCUUCUUGGUAACCAAGGGUUUCUUGAAGCUAUGGAACGGCGACAAAUGUCGCAUCAUGGGGCCCGGAGAUUUCGCAUAUGUGCCUCCUACCGUGAUCCAUAACCCUGAGAUGAUGGGCCCACACACCGAGACUUACGGAGUCGUCACUCCCGGCGACUGGGUCGAUUUCUUUCGAUAUGUUUCCGAGCCCUACGAUGGCGUGUUGGUGCCGGAAAAUGACAACCGCGAUCUCAAGUCUAUCCUGAUCCCGAAGGUGAUGGCUGCCAAGGAACAAUUUGAUGUGGUAUUCCAGCCUCACUACCAACCUCCGGAGCUGGGAGAAUGGACGAAAGACGAGGAGGUGCUGCCUGAAGGCCCGCAGGGUUACUUUCUUCGGGCCAACACGGGCCCAAAGUGGAUCUUUGGGGGAGUCAUGUCCCGGCCAUUUGUGACCACCACCCAGAGCAGCGGCGUCUGCGCCAUCUCCAGUAUUGAGUCGUCCAAGGUCUACAGUGAUACCAUCUUGUCUAAGUACAUGACCUUCAAGUCUGUGGACCACUGCUUGUGUGUCCAGGAGGGCACGCUGAUCGUCAGCCUGGAGGGUCAGUCUGACACUGAGUUCCGCGAGGGUGAAACUGCCGUGAUUCCUGCUGGACAGGCUUUCGCGCUGAAGUUCGCCAGUCGCUUUGUGCGCGUCUGGUCCUUUACGGAUGGCGACGGAAUCGAGACUUUGAUCCAACGGGUAGGCCAGAAAUAUGAGGGCGCUGUCCUCCCAGACGAGGCGCGCGAAUGGGAUGCGGCCGAUGUCAAGUCAGUGGCGGCUGAAUUGAAUGCUCGCCCAUCUCCCGCACCGCAGGCUCCCGGGGAUUAUCAUCUCCCUCUGCCCCGGGCUAAGCGGCCCCGCGCAGCCCAAGCCUGCGACAGGUGUAGAUCUAAGAAGUACAAAUGCGACGAACAGUACCCUUGCUCUCACUGCAAGACUACCGACAGAGGGAGAGCAGCCGAUCUGCCAGAUCUAGAGCGGAAGGUGGACGAGCUCACAGCCAAGCUCCGCUUGGUCGAGUCGGAAACUACCUCGCAGCCGCCGUCUCAAAGGGUCCAAAUAGCGACAACGACGACGACUUUCGCAAGCCCUGGGGCCCAGCCCGUGCCUCAAGCUGCCAUCGACGCGACGCCCGUGUCCCUGCCACGCAACGAGUCUACUCCGCGGGAAGACGCCCCUGCACUCUACGAUCACCAUGACGAGGCCGGCGACUCGGUCGAAGAUGAAAUCAGCGAACUGAACCACCACACCAACGGCAUCGAGUUCCAUGGUAGCACCUCAUCCGCUGCCUUGCUCGGACACCUGCAGAAGGCGCGGGAGCCACAGCGACGCCACGAGGAGCGUCACCUGCAGCAGCAGCAUACCCGCGGCGCAGAAAAGCCCGGGUACUCGAUCGUGUCGACGCUGCACAAUUCGAGCUUUUCACCCUCGUGUUCGGCGGGCCCGGCACAGCAGCCGGUGAUGCAGGAACAGAACUACUACUUCGAGCAGGCUCACGCGUUCAUCAACGGGUACUUUGAGAAUAUCCACUUCAUUCAUCCGCUGAUCGACAAGGAAGAUUUCUUGCAGCGCGCUCAUCACCUGUGGUUCAAUCGGAGUGUGCAGCCGGAGCCAAGCUUUGUGGCUCUGUAUUUGAGUAUUCUUUCCUUUGGGGCCUUGGUGAGGGUCUGGGAUGAGGAGAGGCUCGGGGGCUUGACCAGGUUCGAGUGGAGUAGGAAGCUCUUCGGUGAGGCUCAGAUGUAUCUGAACUAUCUGAAUUUCUCGAAUACGCUCGACACGGUGCAGUGCUUGUAUCUCAUGGCUAAAAUUUGUCAAAAUGAACUUAACCCGAACAUGGCCUACAUGUACUUAGGGCUUGCUAUACGUACGUGCUUGGCUGCUGGAUUUAACAGGGAAGUACGGAGCACAGACGAUCAUCGCGCAGGGUGGAUCUCAAAGACCUGGUGGGGACUCUUCUCUUUAGAAAUUGAGAUGAGCUUCUCAGUCGGCCGUCCGGACACAUUGGGAAUGGACGAAUACCACAAUCGAGCAUUGCCCGAAAGAGACGACUCUGAAUACGCCAUUAUUCCCUGGAUGGUUGACUUUGCCCAGAUCAUCCGCAGAGUCUCCGUGCAGAUCUACCAUUCACGGAUCACAUUGCAGGAAAAGCUACAUAUAGCUCUCCAGAUAGAGACUGACCUCGACCGCUGGAUGGCGCGGUUACCGGAUCGAAUCAAGCCCGACAUGUUGGAGCGAGCAACGGGGGGUGCCUUGAGAGACCCGAAGUGGGCACGCCGACAACGCCUGGUCUUGGGAAUACGCUACUUCAAUGUCAAAAUGCUUCUAUUCCGCCCCUUCCUUAGUCACUUUACCCGCAAGCUCCGCCAUCCCCCAAUGGAACUCGAACAAACAAUCGCCAAGUGUCUCGAUGCCGCAAUGAAGACCAUCGAGGUGAUCUACGACAUCUACCGCAUCCAUGAAUUCUUCCGCUGUUGGUGGUAUAACACGACCUAUGUAAUGUUCGCCACCUCCACGCUCCUUCUCCCCAUGUCCAAACUGGGGCCGUGCCCGGAAACCGUCCCGCUGCAACGCUCCGUCGAGAUGGGCGUCGAGAUCCUCGAGGCAAUGGAUGAGUCCAUCGUCGCCCGCAAGUCCGUCGAGAUCAUCAAACACUAUCUUCGAGAAUUUCGGUCCCUGCCGUCUUCCACCUCGUCGCUGUCGCAUCUGCAUCAGCAGCAGAGUCUUGCGUCGUCGACGAGUAGUCACGAUGGCGGCGGCGGUAGCGGUAGCGGUGGGGGUGGGAAUGGGAGUGGUGGGGAGUACACGGAUACGAGUCCGAGUGGGACGGGGUUCGAUAUUCCUGAAUGGGCCUACGGCUUCGGAUUCCCGGAUUGUUCGUUCGAAGGGAUCGCGAGAUUAUUCGAUGAUUUGGGUGGGUUGCCGAUGCUGGACAAUUGA